UCACAAUCUGCCCGGAGCGUAUACUGGACGAGUCGAACGCAACGCGAAGAUGGGCGACAACUUUCUCCACCUCGCCAGACCGCUGGCUCCAGCGGCUAUCUCAACCCAACAAUCCACCGCUCCGGUCACCGUGACUGUUCAACCGCAGGCUCUUUUCUCCAUCCUCGAUCACGCAUCCCGCCGACCCGCCGAGCAAGAACGCGUAAUUGGAACACUUCUUGGUGUGCGGUCAGAAGAUGGCACCGAAGUCGAGAUUCGCAAUUGCUACGCGGUUCCCCACACCGAGACCGACGAGCAAGUCGAGGUGGACAUGGACUACCAAAAGCGCAUGCUCGAACUCCACCUGAAAGCCUCGCCCAAGGAAGUGCUGCUCGGAUGGUAUGCGACCAGCAGCGAACUCAACACAUUUUCCGCUCUCAUUCAAAACUUCUACGGUCAACAAGGCGAGGGCACGUUCCCUCACCCAGCUGUCCAUCUCACAGUCUCCACCGUCGCUGGUCAGGACGUCAAGGCGGAGACGUACAUUAGUGCGCCCAUUGGAGUCACAGCAGAGCGCGCGGCGGAUUCGUGUCUGUUCAUUCCGGUCCCACAUGAAAUCAAGUACGGCGAUGCGGAGAAGAGUGGGUUGGAAUUGAUUGCUGGUGCGAGGGACAAGGAGGAUCGGUCACAGCUUCUGCAAACCGACAUCGAGACUCUGGAGCGCGCAGUGGAGCAGGUCUUGGACAUGCUCGAUCGCGUGAGCAACUACGUGUCAAAUGUGCUGGAGGAGGAAGUCGAGCCCAGCUCAGCACUCGGCCAAUUCUUGAUGAACACCCUCAGCCUGGCACCAAAGGUCGAUGCUGAGGAUAUCGAGAAGGACUUCAACAACCACAUCCAAGAUGUCCUGCUCGUUUCAUACCUCUCCAACACCAUCCGCACACAAAUCGAUCUCUCAAACAGACUGGCGACCGCAGCACUGACAAUGGGACCCGAAGGUGGCAACGCAGGCGAGAAGGACGGCAAGACGGACGGAAAGGACGGAGAGAGUGGCGGAAAGGGAGGCUCAGGCCAGCGAGGUGGACGCGACAACAACCAACGCUCAGGAGCCGGCCGCGGCGGUCGGCGCGGCGGCGACCAGUAGAGGUGAGACGGAAAAAGCCUGCUUGGUCUGCGGAGAUACAGCAGACUGAGCGGUAGCGUGUGUGUUCGAGGACUGAGAAGUGUUCGGAACCAGACGGCAUAGUUCGAGAAGGACUAAAGGUGACUAAAUUUCGCCUACUCAUAUUAGCGAGAAUUCGACAUGGCGCCCAGUCGAGGCGCCAGAUCUGACUAUG